ACUACUAUUGCUAGUUAGAUCAAGAUGGUCCGUGCUGCAGUUGCUCAGCUUAUGCUGGUCGCCCUAGUGGCCGCUAUGCUCCUCGUAGCCACCGACGCGGCCAUCUCCUGUGGACAGAUGAGCUCUGCCUUGAGCCCCUGCAUCUCCUCUGCCCGCGGCAAUGGCGCCAACCCGCCUGCGGCCUGCUGAAGCGGCAUCAGGAGUCUGGCCGGCGCAGCGAGGAGCACCGCUGACAAGCAAGCGGCGUGCAAGUGCAUCAAGAGCGCUGCGGGUAGGCUCAACGUUGGCAAGGCCGCUGGCAUUCCCUCCAAGUGUGACGUCAGCAUCCCCUACGCCAUCAGCUCUUCUGUCGACUGCUCUAACAUUCGCUGAUCAACCACGGGCCACCAUGUUUGCCGCUAAUAGCUCCAUCCAUCGACGGUGAGUACGUUGAGGUCACAAACACACACACACGAAUUAAAUUUCGUAUUAUCUCCAUGUGUGUGUGUGAGAGAGAGUGUGUACGUACGUCGAGCAAGCUCAGCAUGGCCCACCACUGUUGUAUCGAUGUUUGGUUGUUCCUACACUACAUCCGAGGAGAU